AUGUGGGUCUUUGCAGCUGUUCUCCUCGCUCUCACAGUCAUCUGUGAUGGCAGGUACAUGAGGAUCAAGAGCAAGCCGCGGGAUGUGUUCUUCAAGUAUCGGGAGGGGGUGACAGGGGAGAAAACCCUCCCCAAAUGUCGGCCCCACGACGCCUGCAACAUUCUCUACAAGCGAUUCUGGACGGAUGACAUUGUGGAAAGACUCUGCAGAUGUCCUAGUGGUGACGAGUGUCCAUGGACCGAUGAAUUCGACAAUCACACGAUGAGUAUCAACAACAGAUCCUAUCUGAAGGAAUUGUUGAAUUCACAGUUUUGUGAGCCUGUGAAUCACGAGAAUAUCUGCAAGCCCCGUAAAACCGCAGCUGUUGUUCGUGGAGAAAUAGACGAAGACCCCCAGAACCUGACGGUCCACAGGGUCAGAGUCAAUUGCUACUGCCCGAGUACUCAUUACUGGCAUGUCCAGAGCUACGAUUACAACGACAACAAGGUUCAUCAGCACUUCAGGUGCUCCAAGCAAAGAAUGUGCUGGAGCUAUGAAUUCUGCGGACUCGUGAGAACCGAUUUCUAUUCAACUUACUAUCGGUGCUCGUGCCCAACUGGAAAUUUGUGCAUCAAUAGGGAUAAGGAGUUGGAGAGCGUUCAGGAGUUUUUGUAUUCAGGAGAUGCUAUAAAUGCCUACUGCCAUCCUUGGAAUAUAAGCAGUAGAUAUUACUGACGGGGACUGAGGAAUUUUUUAAAAUUUUUUGUA